UUCUUUUUACUCUAAAGCGCGCCACCAAAACUCUUCUCUUGGUCGCCUUUUUCUACAAGCCUGCAUUGCAAUUUUAUUUAUUUAAACCUUCUCCCUUUAAUUGAUAAGUAUAUUACUUCAAAAUGCCCAACUUGACGAUGGAGAUGUCCGAAUUGGACGAGUGCAAGCGGCAGAUCCGAGAGAGGAUUUUGCGUCCGGCCGAGUUCCGAGGGUUUGAAGAACAGCGCAAAAAUUUGCUUGACCUGAUCAGGAGGGCCGUCCGGGAUGGUGACAGCAACUCGGCCCUGCUCAUCGGACCUGCCGGCAGUGGAAAGACCACGCUUGUGAGGAGUGUUUUGCAAGAAAUCUCAAAGGAAAAGGGCUUUGAUAAAAAGGCCCUGGUGGUCAAUCUGAACGGACUCAUCCACACCGACGACAGACUGUCCCUCAAGUCUAUGUCGAAGCAACUGAAACUCGAGAAUGUCAUCGACGAACAAGUGACUGGAAACUUUGCUGAGAACAUGGCCCUUUUGCUGAGCACUUUGAACAAGGCUGACCACGAAAAAGCGCUUGUCUUCAUUCUAGAGGAAGUGGACCUCUUUUGCAACCACCACAACCAGUCACUUCUCUACAAUCUCUUUGAUUUGGCUCACAGAAAUGAAAGCUCCGUGUUUGUCCUUGGAGUGACAGUUCGACUGGACGUGAUGGACCGAAUGGAGAAGAGAGUCAGAUCUCGUUUUUCGUACCGAAGCAUUUACCUCCUUCCUGCAAACAACGCCAAGAAUUUUGAAUCUCGAGUCGCCCUUUGUCAAGAGUGGCUUUUGUCCGAUCCUAGCAAGCUGGACAGAACGUUCUGCAGAGAGUGGAAUAAAUGUGUUGCAGCUCUUUUGGCUCAAAAUGAGACUGGUUACAACUGCAUCAAAAGACUGUAUGACAUGCAGAAUAGUGAAGACUCCACCAAAGAACUUCUUCUUCACACAAUAAGUAGAUUGCAUGAGGGUAAUCCUACAUUGUCUGGCCAAGACUUUGAAAAAGCCCUCGAUGAUGUAAUUGCCGACGGUUGGCUCCAGAUUUUGGACGGCCUCUCAGUUUUGGAGCUUUGUUUGGUGAUAGCCAUGAAGCAUUUGGGAGAUGUCUAUCAGGGUGACCCUGUCAACUUUGAAAUGGUCUACUCUCGUUACCUGAAAUUUGCUAAGAGCCACUCAGGCUUUGAAGACUGCACUAGAAACACAGUGAUCAAGGCUUUCGAACAUCUUCAGGCUCUGGAGCUUAUUUUGCCUGCUGCUGGACAAGGGGCGAAGACUCAGAGCCAAUACCAGCUGUACCAUUUCCAACUCACACCUCAGCAAGUGAAAGAUGCGGUCAAAAGGUACGAAGAGUUGCCCACAGAGGUGCAGCAAUGGGCAGAGAUCAGUUUAGUUUAGCAUUUAAUUUUAAAUAUCUUUUCCUCAAAUGAGAACAUAAUAAAUUAUUUUUAAAUUUUUCAAUAA